AUGGCAGCUGUGGCCGCCCCCGCCGGGGCCAAGAAUGCCCCCCCUGCCAAGGUGGGCCUCCCCCGCCGGCGCAGCGUCAGCCAGAUCUGCCCACCCCCCCGGCGCCCCAUGACCCUGGCGGAGCUCUACCCAGGCUGCGAGAACGAGCGGCUGGGGGUGGCCAGAGAGAGCAUGCUACAGAACCAUCUCAUUGCCAAGGCGGAACUUGGGAAGGCGCGUCGAAGUAAUUACACCCUUCCGGGUUAUGAUUUUAACUACGGAUUGUACCUACACGGAAUGGAUGGAGGCGUCCCUGAAGCCAUUUGCCACUGGCAUGUCAUGAAGCCCAGAAUUAUUUUGGAGAAGGAGAAACCCCGGGAUUACAUGACCACCAACAUCCAGGCAGUCAAGGACGGCUACGUCACCGCCCACGAGCAGAACCUGUACCGCAAGAUGAAGGACUUCCAUGUCAACGUGGAGGACGAACGUCGGUUCAAGAGGACCCCUCCCAAAGUCCCUCCGGACAUGACCUAUGGAAGACCAGCACGGCCCUCAACGCCUUUCUUCGAUCUGUUGCAACACAAAUACGGAGAGAUUUGGAUGGAUGAGCAGAGGGCAGUCAUCAAAGCCGAAAAAGCUGAGAAGAAACAAAAGAAACGUCGGGGAAAAGUCUACGAGACUCGGACGUGCCUGCUGAGGAAGUUCCAGCCGCCCAUGAAAAAGGAAGACCUUUGGCGCAUCCCGCAUUUUCAAAAGGUUGACCCACACCUUUCAACCUUCCCAGAUCAUGCUUCAUACAAGAAGGCGCUUGAGGUCUUCCAUUCAGAAGUUCCUGUGAGGAUCGGGCCCCUGGCUCAAGGCCUUUAUACCACAGCCUAUUAA